AUGACUGGCGAGGCUGGAAAUUCUGACGGUGCCGUGUCGACAUCUCCCUUUUCCAAGUCAGAGGAAGGACUUGCGGAUGUUGAUCACCACGAAGGAGCUAUGAAAGAGACCGCCCAUGAAGCGGCGGAAGAUGAUAUGGCCGGUCUCUCGUGGGCGUUUGAUGCUGCGGCCGAAAUCCGGCUACGCCGAAAAAUCGAUCUUUACAUUGUCCCAACAGUCGCCAUCCUAUACCUAUUUUGCUUCAUUGAUAGAGCCAAUAUUGGCGGGUCUCUUUUCGAUUCCUAUGCCGUUCAUACGCUAAUCGAUGCCUCUCCAGGAAAUGCAAGACUCGCAGGAUUUGAGCAAGACCUGGGUCUUAGCGGUUACGACUACAACCAGGCUCUGUCGGUCUUCUAUAUCUCAUAUAUUAUCUUUGAGAUACCAUCCAAUAUCGCAUGUAAAUGGAUAGGUCCAGGAUGGUUUCUCCCUGCUCUCACCCUCGGCUUCGGGAUCGCUACUGUAGCGUUUGCAUUUGUGGAGACAUUGGAAGCAGCAUGUGGUGUACGAUUUAUCCUCGAGGCGGGCAUGCUCCCGGGAAUUGCAUAUUAUAUGUCUCGAUGUUUCGGCGAUCGACAUCGCUGGCAGAUGAUUUUCGCCCUCGAGGGCAUCGUCACCAUCUUCCUCGCUCUAGUGUCAUUCUUCACUCUUACUGAUCGGCCCGAGACGGCACGCUGGCUCAUUCAAGAGGAAAAGGAGCUGGCAAUCUCGCGUGUCAAGUCCGAACGAGUAGGCGCAACGGAGGUCCUGGAUAAGUUCAACUCGAAAAAGGCCUGGAGAGGAAUCUGGAAUCCGGUCACCGCUGCAAGCUCUUUCGUGUUUUUACUGGGCAACGUCACGGUUCAAGGACUCGCCUUCUUUCUUCCUACUGUCGUCCGCACCAUUUAUCCAGACCGCACAGUUGUGUCCAAUCAGCUGCAUACGGCGCCGCCAUAUAUUGUUGGAGGAUUCUUUAUUCUUCUGGUCAACUUCACGAGUUGGAGAUUUGAUCGUCGAAGAAGGUAG